GGGAUUGACCGCUGGCGGUGUAGCUCCGUGGGUGCUAUCCCAGCUUUUUACAGGCCAGCAGUGUCGUGUGUGUAUGCGUAUGUGCGUGCGUGUGCGUGUACGUGUGUGUGUGUGUGUGUGUGUGUGUGUGUUGGACGCUCGCGGAGCCGCGGGCUGCCGGCUGCUUGCGCUCGUGCACGACACGAGUGGAGAACAGCGGUGACGGAGCUGCUGUCGCCGGUUCUCCGCCACUUUCCACAGGGCCCCAUUGUUUCCCCUCGUCGUGUAGAUUAAAUUGCAUUUAUUUAAACUUUAUUGCCACACGGUCGGCCUACAAGUGCUGGGACCAGACAGCACUUCAGCAUCUUGUUUAUUAUACAUAAAACCACUGAUGUUAAAAUCAUAAACAACAAUGUUAAUGCGUUUGUCAUUUAUUUAUUUUUUCUUGAAGAAGUUCAGUGCAAUUCUGAUCAGGACCGUGUCUGUGAGCGAUGUAUACACCAGUUAUUAUUCAUUAUUCAAUUGUAUUUCCAAUUUUAGGGUUUUCUCUCGCUGGCCACUCGACGACCCCCCGAAAGCGGCAGGUGCGCUUCUCAGCCCGCCAUGACAUCAUCCUGCUGCGGGAGGUGGUCGCCCGGAACCCCUUUGCCUCCAAAGAGCCGGGGCGGAUCUGGGCCCGCGUGGGGGAGAUCAUCACUGCAGCGCUCCAGGAUGAGAACUUUGAGGUGGAUGCCAGGAGGUGUAGGGAGAGGACCAUGCUGCUGCUGGACUACUACAAGAAACAAGACUUCCCCAGUCUGCGCAGAUUUGGAACAGAGAGGUUGUACGCUCAAAAGGAAGAUCUGCUCCACGAGGUUUUGGAGCUGGAGGCGGAGAAGGGGAUGCUGGCCAGCGGCGAGAACUCAAAGUACCAGGAUGAUGAACUGAGAAAGCGAGCCAUGGAGGAACUAACGGUCCCAGAACAAGACAAACCCAACAUCACCAUCACGCACACACACACUGCAGCAGAACCAGAAGACGCUGGUGAGGAAAUGGCAGAGGCGCCCACAGCCAAGAGGCCCUGCCAGUGCUGCUGCCAGACCUACUCUGAGAUUCUCAGCUUCCUGGAGAAACGCUCGGAGGCGGAGCAACGGCUACGAGAGGAGGAGCUUUCUCUGCGCAGGGAGGAGCUGGAGAUUCAAAGGAGUAAGAUCUCUCUAGAGAGGGAACGUCUGGCAGCCGAGAGGAAAGAAAGGGAACGGAGAUUUGAGCUGGAGAGCCAAGAGAGGCAGGUGAUCUUGGACCUUUUAAAAGAAAAGGUGCUGAAAGGCUGACAAAACCGCAUCACCUGCAUCUAAUGCCAGCUUCUACAAGAAGUUAACGCAUUAAAUACCAUGGAAAGAAACAUAGUUGAACUUAAACGGGGAAGGAAACCAAGGAAACAGUAAGUGAAAAGUCGAAUUGCUAUUGAAAUCAAUGGAGGGCAGGUAAGCUGUGGCUGUCCACAUUUAUGCAGGAAUAUUAUGCAGGAAUAUACUUGUGUGUGUCUGGUGCAGACACAGUUUGAAAGCUGCAAAAUGUGCAUAAACCAGCUGCACGUAGCUGAGCCAUUCCAAUGGACACUCUUGACUGUUAUUCCUUACGGCCCUGAUGCAUACACUGAUGUGCUGUGUGUUCGGUGUAGCGGUCCACCGAGCCAUUUACUGGCACCUUGUUUUCAGUCCUGUUGGCACCGUAUUCUGUUCUGGAGCCAGUAUGAAAUUAAUAGCUGAGAAAAAAGCUGUAUACGCUGUAUAAGUUCACGUCAACGUUAUUGUGCAACUCAAGCUCAAAAUGUACCAGGACGAUACAAUUGUUUAUUCAGCAACUUCUUUUUUAAUUUGUAGGUAUUUUGGUUAAAGUAGGAGUAUAACAAUAUUUAACUGUGAAUUCACUGUGUAUUGUCUGGUAGUAAUUUAUUUUACAAACAAUACAAGCCAGUGGUUGUCCACUUCUAUAUACAGAAAGGUGUUUUUUUAACCCCUGUCCUCAGCUUCAUUUGUCUUAAAGACAUAGUUAACAACCAUUGGUCUCAUAUAUGGAAUUCAUGGAAACAAUUAUUUUUAUUACAUGUUCCGCGGUUUCAUUCAAUGACAUUUGCUACCGGACUUCUGUAUAUUUUUUAUUAAGAAAUGCUAUUUUUCUUCAAGUCCACAUAAACCCGUGCUGUAUAAAAUUAAACUUUAAAAAAAUUAAAUACAAGAGUAUCAAAAAA